GGAAUGACCAAGCAAACAUCACUGAAUCUGUACUCAUUUUUAAAAGAAAAUGAAGAAUGUCUCGUAUUUGUUCUCAUUGUUCAUGUAUUUACACAUGUAUGGUGUGUCUGGUGCUGAUACAGAUGGAGGGUCAGUGUCUGUGAUGGAGGGAGAUUCAGUCACUUUACAAUAUCCUACGGAAAUAAACCAACAAGAAGACAUUAUGUGGUAUUUCAAUAACAUUCCCAUCGCUGAAAUUACUGGAGAUCCCACUAAGAUUUGUACGGAUGUUCGGUGUGAUAAUCGUAAUGAGAGAUUCAGAGACAGACUGAAGCUGGAUCAUCAAACUGGAUCUCUGACCAUCACAAACACCAGAACCACAGACUCCGGACUUUAUGAUGUUUGGGUCUCCAGCAAAAAGCCUCGUGGUGGAGGAUCCUACUCUGUUGUUGUUCAGGGUGUGCCUCAUCUUGAUACAGAUGAAAUGUCAUUGAUCGAGGGAGAUUCAGUCACUCUACACACUGGUGUUAAAACAAACCAACAAGAAAAGAUUAAAUGGUAUUUUAAUGACAUUCGAAUAGCUCAAAUCAGUGUAGACCAGAGUAAGAUCUGUACAGAUGUUCAGUGUAAUGAAGGAACUGAGAGAUUCAGAGGCAGACUGAAGCUGGACAAUCAGACUGGAUCUCUGACCAUCAUGAACGUCAGGCUCUCAUAUGCUGGACUUUAUAAACUGCAGAUCAUCAACCGCAAAACCAGCAUCUCGAAGACAUUCGGUGUUGCUGUGGCUAAUUUGGCUGGUGUUGGUACAGAUGAAGUGUCAGCCUAUGCAAUGGAGGGAGAUUCUGUCAUUCUACACACUAAUGUUAAAACAAUCCAACAAAAAAAUAUUAAGUGGUAUUUUAAUGACAUUCUAAUAGCUCAAAUCAAUGGAGACCUGAGUAACACCUGUACAGAUGUUCAGUGUAAUAAAGGUACUGAGAGAUUCAAUGACAGACUGAAACUGGAUAAUCAGACUGGAUCUCUGACCAUCACAAACAUCAACACCACAGAUGCUGGACUUUAUCAACAAAAGAUCAUUAGCGAUAGAAUCAGCACUUCAAUCAUGAAGCACUUCAGUGUUUUUGUUCAUGGUUUUCCUUCUGAAGAACGAGAUGAUAUGAGAAGAAAGUCAGUGAAGGAGGGAGAAUCUGUCACUUUAGAUCCUGGUGAAAUAAAAAACCUGAAUGAUUUCUUGACGUGGUAUUUUAAGGACACACUCAUCGCUGAAAUCACUGGAAAUCAGAGUAAGAUUUGUGCAGCUGAUCAGUGUGAUGAGAGACUCAGAGACAGAUUGAAGGUGAAUCACACUGCAUCUCUGAUCAUCACAGACAUGAGGACAUCAGACUCAGGACUCUAUAAACUAACAAUCACCAACAUCAGAUUCAGCAUCAUAAAGAGCUUCAAUGUUGCUGUCAUUGGUAAGUAUCAUUUAGUCACUCAAUGCACAGAUGGAAUAAACCAACAGGAGGCAGCACUGUCGUCCUAUACCUUUAAUUAG